GUCGAGAAAACAAUGAGGGGCAGGAGCAGGAGGUAGAGAGAGGAAGGGAAGAGAGGUAGGAUGAAGGAAACCUUGCCUGGAUGCAGUCUUGUCAUUCUCUGUUUCCUGGUUGGCUUGUUGGGAGUUGCUCUAGGAGAAGACCGAUGCGAAUUCAAAGAUCGUUACCCGCUUCAGUACGUUGCCUACAAGACUAGUAAAGCACCGAUAGUCGAUGGCAGACUGGAUGACAAGGCAUGGCAAGAGGUAGGAUGGAGUGAAAGCUUCCAGGAUAUCACGGGGGAUUCGUCAAAAACUCCGUAUCAUGAGACAAGAAUGAAAAUGAGGUGGGAUGAUGAAUUCUUGUACAUCGGAGCAGUUCUUACCGAGCCGGACAUCUGGGCAAACAUAACCACGGACAAUCAAGUCAUCUUUCAUGACAAUGAUUUUGAAUUCUUCAUUGAUCCUGCUGGCUCGACACACUUUUACAAGGAGUUUGAAGUCAACGCUGCAGGUGCUCAGUGGUCUCUUUGUUUGAAUAAGCCAUACCUCAAUGGAGGAUACGAGAAUUCCAGCCGCGUCUUUCCCGGACAUGGAUGGUCGUUUUCCUCACACCUGCAAUCCGCGAUUUUCAUAAGUGGAACUUUAAACAAUCCAAAGGAUGUUGAUGACUACUGGUCAGUGGAACUUGCAGUUCCACUCGGUGAGGUGCAGUACAACAACUCAGCGGGGAAAGUAACAUCCGGUUCGCUAUGGAGGAUCAACUUCAGCCGCGUACAAUGGCACGUCGUGAAGGUCGGGGAUCACUAUGAAAAAGUAGCAGGGCCGGAAGAGAAUUGGGUCUGGUCGAAGAUGGGAGAGGUGAACAUGCAUCUUCCAGAGAGGUGGGGUUACCUGCAGUUUGCGGAUGGGAAAGUGAACUCCACAAAGGUGAAGCCUGACUCUCA